GCUUUGGGGGGCGGCUACCUCCACUGGGGCCACUUCGAGAUGAUCCGCCUGACCAUCGGCCGCAACAUGAACCCCAAAACCAUGUUCGCCAUCUGGCGCGUGCCAGCCCCUUACAAGCCGGUGACGCGAAAAAGCCUGGGCCACCGCAUGGGGGGUGGCAAGGGCCCCAUCGACCGCUACGUGACGGCGGUGAAGAGUGGCCGUCUGGUGGUGGAAGUAGGCGGGCGCUGCGAGUUUGGGGAGGUGAAGCCCUUCCUCACGCAGGUAGCCAGGAAACUGCCCUUCCCCGCCAUCCCCGUCAGCCGCGACAGCCUCCAGCAGAUGCGGCAGGAGGAGGAGGAGAAGCAGCUCAACAACCAAAACCCCUGGACCUUCGAGCGUGUCGUCACCGCCAACAUGCUGGGGAUGCGCAAGUACCUCAGCCCCUACGACCUGCACUUCAAGGGACGCUACUGGGGCAAAUUUUUCCUGAAGCACAGGGUGUAA